AUGGAACAGCUAGGGGAAAUCAAGGAGAAAGUGACAAACUUACCGUGGUGUUACUUGAGUGAAGAUUUUCAAAAGCAUAUCAACAUCAAGCUUACUUUCCUUAAUCUUGAAGACCAUCAGAGCACUCACGGCAAGGUAUACUUUGAACCAUAUCCAGGACACGGUUUCCCGAGCAUUCCGUGGGACGAAAUAAGGCUUUAUGACUUCGAACCCGGCCUACGGGCAGAGACAUAUCGCAUCCAGAAAAAUCUGGAUAACAUCCUCGCCUCUUUUCCGCCGCCUUGGGAAAUCUGGCUCGAGCGGAAGUUCUUCAAGGAAAACGAGCAGGUUGGCGAGUGCUUUAGAGCUCUCUACCACUGGUAUGCCGUCAAGGAAGCUGAGACACACGAAAGAACGGACACGCCACAUUGUACUGUCAGGAUCUUGCAGUUCACGGAGCCAGAGGAACUUCUAAUGCGGAGUGAGGUCCUUUGUGCUUUGAGAUACAUGAUGCACAAACUGACGUACAAGCGCUACGAAGAUCAAACUAUCUUUCCGGUUCUCAUCACUUCAAUAUUCCCAUCGAAAGUCCGUAUCUUACAGGUAUAUUUUGAUGGGAAAGAUCUCCACUUUGCUAAGAGUCAGAUAUACGAUCUUAAGGAAAGCGAUCAUGAAAAAUAUACGCUUCUUGCUCGGUGGAUGUUUCCUGUUCCGGGAAGGAAAUUAAGCAAUGCUGUAAUGGAGCAGGUGGAGGACUGGAAGCAAAAACAGGAAGCUAUGAAUAUAAACGCUUCAACCGCUGAGACUUAUGGUUGA